AUGACGACGUCAACGAAUGUGUCUGAGGCGGAAAUGAUGUCGUCCACAGCUGCCCCUCCGUCAGUGUCACUGCCGAAGGUGGUCGAGCACGCGCUGUCGUCGAGCAAAACGGUGGUCCGCAAUGUAUCACGGGCGAUCCUCAACAGCAGCUCCGCCAAUGAGGGACCGGGCCCGCACAUGGGCACCCCAGCUGCAAAGAGGCGCAUGUGCGGUGGGAUGAUUGGAGCACCGCGCCGCGAGCACACCCCAAUGCAUGGAUUCAACGGAUGCGAGGGAAUGCAGGGUGAGGAGUCUAACGGAGUGCAGGCGGCAGCUUUGUCUGGCAGCCCUAGGAGCGCCCAGCUUCCGUCGUGGACGCCGUUCGCCGCAUGGCUUAUUGCCCUUCUUCUUUUCUCGGUGCUUGCGGCCGCGAUGACUUACCGGUUUCUGCGCUCAAGGCGCUUGUCGCGUGAAGAGUACGAGGAACUCGUGGAUGCGGGUGGCUCGGCAACGGCGGCGGUGGAUGACACCAGGGGGAAGACACGCCUGGACGGAAACGCCUCGCGGCAGCGUUUCCUGCAGUCGCGCCGGGCGGCUGCACAAAAAUCGUACGGCACGGAGACGCCCACAAAGUAG